ACACAUUCACGCGCCAUACACCCAUAUAUACAGCUGGGAGGCUUUGUACAUGGACACAAGACGACAGACACGACAUGGGCGGCACCCAAGAAUCUCCCGCGCCUCAGACAUCGCAGGCUUCUGCGAACAAACCCGAGGGAUCAGUCUUUCCGAAGGCGGAGCCUUCCAUCUUCGCCCUCAUCGUCGCCAUCGACAAAUACCUAAACCCUGUCAUACCCGAUCUGUCCGGUUGUGUCAACGAUGGGGUAGACUUUCGGACCUUCCUCGAGGAGACACUUCGCGUUCCUUCCACAAAUAUACUCUCUCUGUUGAACGAGUCCGCGACACGAAAGAACAUCCUCACUGCAUUCGAAGGCCAUCUCAUCAACAACGAGGCCAUACACGAGAAAGACGUCAUCUUCUUCUUCUACGCCGGUCACGGAGACCGCGUGGAUGCUCCCGCAGGAUGGAGAUGCGAAGGGCAGAUGGUAGAGACUAUCUGCCCGUUCGACCAGAAGGCAUUCAACACUACGACAACACAGCCCGAUGGUGGCACCACGCAUCAUGCUCGGGGCACGCCCGGCGAUGACUCGGAUGGAGGUGGUACUCGUCACGUCAGGUUGGAGAACGUGCGCCUCGACGGCUCGGACGAGAUGGCAUUCGGUAUUCCCGAUCGAACCUUCAACGGCCUCAUGCGUAGGCUCGCAUACAAGAAGGGGGAUAACAUAGUGGCGAUAUUCGAUUGUUGUCAUUCUGGAGGGGUGACGCGAGACGUCAAUCUUGCCCCGCGAUCUUUACCCGACGAACUGGGCCAGCCUCAGCUGCCCGCAACCCUGGACGUCAACUUGUGGUCGUGGCAGAAACCCGACGGCGCUCGGAAAGCCGACUUCAUUGUCCCCUCCGGCUUUCUGUACUCCGGGAUGGAGUCACACGUUCUUCUUGCCGCUUGCCAGCCGGAGCAGAAGGCUCACGAAUACCGCCCGAAGGUUGACGGCCGUCAUGGCGACGACGUCCGUAGCCACGGACUGUUCAGUUUCCAUAUGCUGCAGUUCCUCCGAGAGGCCUACAACCCGGAGAUCGGGUUUACCCUGAUCAGCUACUCGCGCAUGAUCGAGGUAUUGCCAACGCGGGGUUCGGACGAACGUCCAAAGUUCGGACAGCAGAAGCCGCACUGUGAGGGGCUGCACAAGCAUCGGUCGCUCUUCAGAACAACAUCGAUACCAAAGGACGCGACCAACUUCGACGUGGUCUUUGAAGGAUCCACGCUGUACGUGAAGGCGGGCGUCAUCCACGGGGUCGUCUCGGGUACGGGGUUUACGUGCCCUGUUCCUCCCGGUACUAUGCAAUCGGCUCGCAACGUCGUCACUCUUGUCGCCACCAAGACCGUCGAAUCCCUUCGCUGCAGUGUGGUCCUCGAAGGGGAGGGCGUUGAUAUCUCGGCUCUACACGGCGCCCAGGCGUAUGUCUCUCGCUGGAACUCUGCCAAGUUGAAGGUAGAAGUGAAGGGUUCGAAGUUGGAGCUGCCGGAGCUGCCGGAACACCAAUUCCUGACCACCUCCGAGUCGGACACCGGAGUUGCCGACGUCUCUAUCGAAGAGGUCGUCGAUGGAGGGUAUGUCUUGGAGAGGCAUGACCCUCUGACAGCACGCUUUCUCAAGCAACCGUUGUCUUGCAAGACUCCCGGCGUCUCUGCCCCUGCUUUACUCAAUGCCCUUGAACGAUACAACUCGAAUCUUUACCGAUUCAACGAAGCCCCCGACGUGAGGGAGGCGUUGUGUGUGAGCGUUCAGCUCCGAUCGCUCGAGCUCGAGGAGGCGACACGCAACAGCCUCCGGCCAAUAUAUGUCCCGAGCGGCGAGGAUCUGCUGGAGAAAGCUAGGGCCGUUUCCCUUCAACCGAUCACUGGCUCAGCCUACCGUCUGUGUGGAGACACAGUUCAAGAGGCAAGGAUACCGGAUACCGUAUUGCCCGAUGGUAGUAGGCCGAUGUACGGCUUAACUCUGGUGAACCAAUCUGGUAGGGAUCUAUAUCCUUACGUAUUCUACUAUGAUCCGAAAAAUGGAUCGGUACAGUCGUGGUACAUGCCUCCGAACCGCUACAAAGCGCCUCUACUCAAGAACAACGAACUCCCGAUCGGCUAUGAUCUCAAUGGCGAUACUGCUAUUGAGUUCACGCUCUCUGGCGACACAGUAGAGGAAUCUGGUUUUCUGAAGAUCAUUGUGUCGACCGCAUACGUCAACAUGGAAGGCUUUGUGCAAGACUCGCUGGUCGAUGAUGCUCAACCUAGUGGAGGAUCCCGCAUUGUGCGGAUGAAACCAGUAACAAAUCUGGAGUUUUGGAGUUCGAUGACCUAUGUGUUGACUUGCUACCGCCCCUAGACCACUAGUUGAAUUGCAUGCUGACUCGUGAUUAA